UGUUUCCCAUUGACUUGGCCAAGACCCGCCUGCAGAACCAGCAAAACGGAUCACGCCUCUACACCAGCAUGUCUGACUGUCUUAUCAAGACCAUCCGCUCAGAGGGAUACUUCGGGAUGUACAGAGGGUCUGCGGUGAACCUAACCCUGGUCACGCCAGAGAAAGCCAUCAAGCUAGCAGCAAAUGACUUCUUCAGACAAUACCUCUCCAAGGAUGGUCAGAAGCUCACCCUGGUCAAGGAGAUGCUGGCGGGGUGUGGGGCAGGUACAUGUCAGGUUAUCGUCACGACUCCUAUGGAGAUGUUGAAGAUUCAGCUUCAAGAUGCUGGGAGAAUUGAGGCCCAGAGGAAGCUGAUGCCAGAGACAAUAGUACCAGGGACCGUGCCGACAAAGUCCCCCACCGCCAUGCAGCUGACCAGGGAACUACUUAAAGAGAAGGGCAUCGCUGGGCUGUACAAGGGCCUAGGGGCCACACUGCUCAGAGAUGUUCCAUUCUCCAUCAUCUACUUCCCUCUGUUUGCCAACCUGAACACCCUGGGGAAGAGAGGAGCGGAGGGCCCCGCCCCUUUCUACGUGUCAUUCCUGGCAGGCUGUCUGGCUGGCAGCACGGCCGCCGUGGCUGUCAACCCUGUAGAUGUGAUUAAGACCAGGAUCCAGUCUAUGAACAGGGGGAGUACAGAGGAAACGUACAGUGGGGUGACUGAUUGUAUCAGUAAAAUAAUGAAGAACGAGGGUCCUUCAGCGUUCCUGAAGGGGGCGUACUGCCGUGCCCUGGUCAUCGCGCCCUUAUUUGGUAUCGCCCAGGUGGUCUACUUCUUCGGCGCGGGAGAAUACAUCCUCAGCUUCCUGCCUGGCAACUAAGUGACAAGAACGUCAACCAUUCAGAUCUCUGCCUUUCCCUCCUCCCUUACAAAAUCACAACUACUUCAUGCACGGACCACACACCUCUAGGAUCCAGUCCCCUCUAGGAUCCAGUCACCUCUAGGAUCCAGUCCCCGCUAGGAUCCAGUCACCUCUAGGAUCCAGUCCCCGCUAAGAUCCAGUCACCUCUAGGAUCCAGUCCCCUCUAGGAUCCAGUCCCCUCUAGGAUCCAGUCCCCUCUAGGAUCCAGUCACCUCUAGAAUCCAGUCACCUCUAGGAUCCAGUCCCCUCUAGGAUCCAGUCACCUCUAG